UAUUUGUAUCUAAGAAGCUAAUCUUAUAUCCUUUGAUCUUUUGGCCGUCUUCACAAUCAUAUAUAUUGCUGCUUCUUGGCCAUCCUCUCCCAUAUUAUUAGAUUCUUCUAAGCUAAACAUGUUUUCCCAGAAAACCUUGAUGAUUAGAUCAUUCUCUUCUCUUCUUUUAUUGCUUCUUCUGAUUCUGCUAAGAAAAUCUGCGGCUGAUGCAGAUGAUGAGCAAAAGGCAUAUAUACAUAUAUAUAAAUUCUAUAUCGUUUUCUUAAGAGGGGAUCCUGUUGAUGGUAUAAGCCCAGAAAAUAGCUUACAGAUUGAGAGUACUCAUUUGAAUGUUCUAUCUUCUGUAAAAGAAAGCCACCAUGAAGCAAAAGAAUCGAUGGUAUAUAGCUACUCAAAGAGUUUCAAUGCCUUCGCUGCCAAAUUAUCUGAUGAUGAGGCCAGAAAGUUAUCUGAAAUGAAGGAAGUUGUUUCUGUGAUUCCGAAUCGAUAUCGUAAGCUACACACAACAAGAUCAUGGGACUUCAUUGGCUUGCCUUUAACUGCUAAGAGAAGAUUGAAACUAGAGAAAGAUAUCAUUGUUGGUCUUCUGGAUACAGGGACCACACCUGAAUCAGAUAGCUUCAAGGAUGAUGGGCUAGGUCCUCCACCAGCAAAAUGGAAGGGAUCUUGUGGUCAUUUUGCCAAUUUCUCCGGAUGCAACAACAAGCUCAUAGGAGCAAAGUACUUCAAGCUGGAUGGAAACCCAGACGCGGAAGACAUACUAUCCCCCAUUGAUGUAGACGGCCAUGGCACCCACACUUCUUCAACGGCGGCUGGCAACCUAGUCCGAAACGCGAGCUUAUUCGGGCUGGCCCAAGGGACGGCUCGCGGGGCGGUGCCGUCGGCGAGAGUGGCGGUGUACAAGGUGUGUUGGGAGAGCAGUGGUUGUGCAGAUAUGGACAUACUCGCAGCAUUUGAAGCAGCAAUUCAUGAUGGAGUGGAUGUGAUAUCAAUUUCCAUCGGAGGAGGCGAUCCGAGCUACGACAAAGAUUCGAUAGCGAUCGGAUCGUUUCAUGCGAUGAGCAAGGGGAUAAUCACUGUGGCUUCAGCUGGGAAUGAUGGCCCUUCUAUGGCCACUGUUGUGAAUACAGCUCCAUGGCUUGUUACUGUGGGAGCUAGUGGCAUUGAUAGGCAAUUCAUCAGCACUGUGCAGUUGGGCAACGGACAGAAUGUCUCUGGAAGAGGAGUGAACACUUUCAAUCCAAAGCAAAAGCAAUAUCCUCUCAUAAAUGGAGCUGAUGCAGCCCAAAACUCAGCAAGCAAGGAAGAAGCUAGAUCCUGCUACGAAAGUGCCUUGGACCGAAAGAAGGUAAAGGGAAGGCUUGUUUACUGCGGACCAGAUUCAUCAGGUUCUGACUCUGUAAUCAAAGAACUCGGAGGCAUUGGUGCCAUAAUUGAAAAUGAGCAAUACCUUGACCUUGCUCAAAUUUUCGUGGCUCCUGCUACAGCUGUCAAUAUCUCAGUUGGUCAAUCCAUCACCAAUUACAUAAAAUCCACAAGAUCACCAUCAGCAGUGAUAUAUAAGACCCAUGAAGUGAAGAAGGCAGCUCCAUUUGUUGCUUCGUUUUCUUCUAGGGGUCCAAAUCCCGGUUCCAUUCAUGUUCUCAAGCCUGACCUUGCGGCCCCUGGGAUUAACAUAUUGGCAUCUUAUACACUAAGAAGAUCACUGACAGGUCAGCAAGGAGACACCCAAUUUUCAAAAUUUACGCUAAUGUCUGGCACUUCCAUGGCUUGCCCUCAUGCUUCUGGAGUUGCUGCAUAUGUCAAAUCUUUUCAUCCAAACUGGUCUCCUGCUGCAAUUAGAUCUGCCAUUAUCACUACAGCCAAACCAAUGAGCAAGAGGGUAAACAAGGAAGCAGAAUUUGGUUACGGAGCAGGUCAAGUGAACCCAAUGAGAGCCAAAAACCCUGGUUUAAUCUACGACAUGGACGCCUUCUCCUACCUCCAAUUCCUCUGCCACGAAGGCUACAACGGCUCUGACCUCUCCGUCUUCACCGGCUCUCGUGUUAACUGCUCCUCCAUCCUCCCCGGUCUCGGCCAUGACGCCAUUAACUACCCCACCUUCCAGCUUAGCUUGCAGACCAAGAAACCCUCCACACUUGCUGUGUUCCGAAGAACAGUCACCAACGUAGGACCUGGUCCUACCAUGUUUAAUGCCACUGUAAAUGCUCCUUCAGGAGUGGAAGUCACUGUGAGCCCCAUGAAUCUUAGUUUCUCACGCACACUUCAAAAACGGAGCUUUAAAGUUGUGGUUAAGGCUAAGUCUAUGGCUAGCAUGAAGAUUGUAUCUGGUUCGCUUGUCUGGAAAAGUCCACGUUAUGUUGUUAGGAGUCCUAUUGUGGUUUAUAGUCCAUAAUGGGAAAUUGGGAAUUACAAAAUCAAUUAUAUGUUCA